UCUUUUCAGAAGAGGGCAUCUAUAUGUUUUUGCUUCUCACAAAGAUGUCCAUCAAAUAUAGAGUUGUACUACAGUCCCCAGUUUUGACGGAUCUCAAUAUUCUAUUCCAAAAACAAAGUCAUUCCCAACAGUUGGUGUAUUAUAAACAUUUUCUCAUCAUCACAAUGUCCCUAACAAUCAGACUACAACACGUCACUAGCACACAUCUCUACCUCACCUCUCAAACCACCACAAUCCACACAAGAAAGCUUCGACCCAAACUCACCCCCCAUCGUUCAAACCCACUAAUCCCACUCGUGUUUGAUCACAAAAUGUCCAUUACUCAUUCCCUUAAAUCUUCUUCUUCUACAAUCAAGAGCUCUCUAAUCGACCCAGAUGGUGGGUCACUGGUCGAUGUUGGGGUGCCAGAGAGCGAACGGUCUCUCAAGACUUCGGAGGCCGAAUCAAUGCCGGCAGUGAAGCUAACAAAGAUUGAUCUCCAAUGGGUUCACGUGAUCAGUGAGGGUUGGGCGAGCCCGUUGGGAGGGUUCAUGAGAGAGGAUGAGUAUUUGCAGAGUCUGCAUUUCAAUUGUUUGAGAAUGAAAGAUGGGUCCGUCGUAAACAUGUCCUUGCCAAUUGUUCUAGCCAUUGAUGACGAGGUUAAAGAACGAAUUGGGUCGGCGCAAAAUGUCGCUUUGAUUGGGCCUAAUGGUGAUAUUGUCGGUAUUCUUAGGAGCAUUGAAAUAUACAAACAUAACAAAGAAGAAAGAAUAGCUAGAACUUGGGGAACAGCUGCUCCAGGAUUACCUUAUGUUGAGGAGGUAAUCACUCCAGCUGGCAAUUGGCUCAUUGGUGGAGAUCUAGAAGUGUUAAAGCAUAUCAAAUAUAAUGAUGGUCUUGACAACUACAGGCUUUCUCCCCGACAACUUCGGAAAGAAUUUGACAAGCGUCAGGCUGAUGCAGUUUUUGCUUUCCAGCUAAGGAACCCUGUGCACAAUGGGCAUGCUUUGUUAAUGAAUGAUACACGCAGGAGACUUCUGGAAAUGGGAUACAAGAAUCCAGUUCUUUUGCUUCAUCCUUUGGGAGGUUUCACAAAGGCUGACGAUGUGCCAUUGGAUGUUCGUAUGGAACAACAUAGCAAGGUCCUAGAAGAUGGAGUCCUUGACCCUGAGACUACUAUUGUGGCCAUAUUCCCAUCACCCAUGCAUUAUGCAGGUCCAACUGAAGUACAAUGGCAUGCCAAGGCACGAAUUAAUGCAGGUGCAAAUUUCUACAUUGUUGGUCGUGAUCCUGCUGGCAUGGGUCACCCUACCGAGAAGAGGGAUUUAUAUGAUCCUGAUCAUGGUAAGAAGGUGCUAAGUAUGGCUCCUGGCUUGGAGAAGCUGAACAUCUUGCCAUUCAGGGUGGCAGCAUAUGACAUGGUUGAAAAGAAGAUGGCAUUUUUUGAUCCUUCACGUGCUAAAGAUUUUCUCUUUAUCUCUGGAACCAAGAUGCGGACUUAUGCAAGAAACGGUGAGAACCCUCCUGAUGGUUUUAUGUGUCCUGGGGGAUGGGAAGUCCUAGUCAAAUAUUAUGAGAGCUUGCAAGGUGAAGAGGCUACACAGAAACCAGCUGUUUUAUCAACUUAGAUUUAUCUUUUUAUGCAGAGUUUGCCAUAAGUUUUUUGUUCAGGCUGGACCAGGAAGAGACUAAAAUAUUCAUGAUAUUGGGUGGCCAAUUGUAUAAAAUUAUUCUUUCAGCUAAUAGAUUGAUAUAGAGCAUGAAAAAAAAUGUAGUUGUAUGCUUAUUUCUUUAGAUUCUUGGAGGAUUCUUGAAUUGUUUGCAGUAUAAAAUUAUUCUUUCAGCUAA